UUAAUCACUGUAAUGUUUAAAGUGAGUUUAAGUAAUGGUGACAGUCGAAAUUCUCUUGGCUUUGAUUUUACACUUCAACGCCAGCGUUUCAGUCUUUACAUGGUUCUGGACUGGAUAUUCCAGUUGUGUUGAGAAACAUAUUAAAACAGGCAUUCAAUGAACGAACCAUUGUUUAAACCAGGCUGAGGUCAUUCUUAACCAAGGCAUUUGUUUCUCAAUCGCCCGAAUGGAACUAUGAUUCGAUAUUAAAACAAACUUUCCGACGUACCUCGGUCCUCGAGCUUUAUGAAAUUAUCUAUUGCUAUGAAAGUAAAUAUUGUGUAGUGUGGGCGUUGUGUGCGUUAUCUUGUACAUCCUGUCAUGCUUACACAUUUUUCGAGUCUUGUUCUUGGAAAGAAGGAAUGAAAUAUCACUUAUUUCAACUCGGCAAACCUAUAGCAGCGAAGUUAAAAGUACAGAGUUAGAAAAAAUUUCACAAAGGUUAGCUGUGGUCCCUCGCUUGAUUCAUACAUUUUAUAGGGGCGAGAGCACGUUUACUAACAAUUUGAUGUCGGACACGAAAGUUACAAAUAUAAAUCAUAAUAAUGGUGUAGUUGUUAUUGGUAGUAACAAUGUUGUCCAAGUACCAAACUCACCAGUUUCUUUGGAUGUUGUACACAAGUCUUUGGUAGGAUUACCAGACCAUCAAGAUGAAGAGAAAAUUGUUGAAAAAGUUUCUCAAAACUUUCGUCAAGAUUACUUAAGGAAUUUGGCAAAAAUGAAUCGUAAUCCUUUGAAACAAUGUCAAUCAUAUUUGUCUGAUUUUGUUGUCAAUGUAACUCUGAAAGCAAUUGAUGAUAAACCAAAAGGUGCGAAAGACAGUUUAAUUGUUGAUGAUAUAUUUGAAAGUACACAUGAACAACGCAUACUAAUCACUGGAGCACCCUUCACUGGUAAAACAACACUAGCUCAAAAACUAGCUUUUGAUUGGGCAAGACAUCUUUUGCCUUGUUUAGAGCAUUUUAAAGUGGUAUUUUUUAUCAGACUUUGUCACUCGUGAUUUCAGUUUGACACUUCAAGAUAUUUUUGAAAGGGAGGAACUUGGUGAUGAAAAUGAAAAGAAAGUUUUCUUUGACUACAUGAAAAGGAAACCACAAAAAUUUCUUUUAUUGAUUGAUGGUAUUGAUGAGUGUGAGUUAGAUGAUGGCUGCGAACUUAAAGAACUACUAAAUGGUCAUAUUUAUAAAAAUUUACCAAUCAUUGUCACAAGUCGACCUCAUAUUCAAAACAAUUGGUUUGAACUAUCAAAAACUUUCCAUUCAAGAUAUGAAAUAUAUGGAUUGAGUGAACAAAAUAUUGAAAAUUAUAUUGAGAACUAUUUUGGAGACAAUAAGAAGACAAGUAAAGCUUUGAAGGAAUUUGUACAACGUAACUCUGACCUAAUGAAUUUAGCUCGGUAUCCUUUAGUUGUGCUUACAUUGUGCAAAAUUUGGGAUGAGAAAAAUCAAUCUUGUACAGCAACCAUACUUUUACAAAUGUUUAUACAGAUGGUCAUCAAUUUGUCAAUGCGAAAAACAGGACGGAAUAUGGAUAACAUUGAUGUAUUAUUAAGCUUUGACACUUUGCUAGCCAAUAAUGCUUCUUCAACAGAAUUUACUGAAGAAAAACUAAAGUUGUGUCAGGUAAAAUUUAAAUAAAAUAACUGUUAGGAAAUUAUUUUUGGAGCAAACUGUCAAUUGCAUUAUUAUCUUAACAUUAUAGAUUGAUUUCAAUAUUGGGUUGAUUGUCGCCCAUCCAGAAAAUAGAUGUUAUCAAUUCAUUGACCAAUUGAUUCUUGAUUUUUUUAUCGCCCGAAUAACGAUCGGCUCUGAAACAGCAGAAAAUUCUUAUCAUUCACAUAACCAUUCCGUGCUGAAGUUUAUGGCUGGUUUGCUUAAAGAAAGAAGUUGCCAAUUCUGAAAUUAAGUUUCUCAAAGAAUUAAGCGAUUUCCCUGGCUUUUUUGAAAAUUGUUACUGUAGGAAAAUGGACACUUUUCUUGCAUGUUUGGCUGAAGCUUGGACGAAUGAGAAAAGUCCGGAAAUACUCGAUAUUUGUAAAGAUAUCAACUUAUUUCGAAAGACGGAAGAAACUUUUGAAAUGAGCGGUGGGGCUGUUCAAGGUUUAGUGCUUCUCGUCAAAAAAUUGAAAGUCGAAAAACUCAACCUCAAUGGAAUUAUUAUCUCGUCUUCAAACGCAAAACUGAUCGCUUCUGAAUGUCUCACGAAAAAUAAUUUUCUCAAAAUUGUGAAGCUUAAAUCGUUUCUUUCACCAGAUGCUGUUGCUGCAAUUUGUGAAGGAUUAUCGGAUAUGCUUCACAUUGAAAGUAUCGAUUUGUCAUGUUGUCAUUAUAGUGACCAAGGACUACAGGCAAUUGCUAAUCUUUUACAUGAAAAUAAAGGUGCUAUCAAACAUUUACAUCUUGGCAAUUGUUUUGACAUUGAAUACACAAAGAUGAAACACAUUGAGUACCUCACAAAGUUCCAAGAAAUUUGUGAAGCUCAACCAGCAAGUGAAGAAUCGAUAAAGAAUUUAAUACUUUCAUUAGAAAAUGCAGAUGAAUUGACAGACUUAUCGUUGCCAUGUUCCUGUGUUGGAACAACAUGUUUUCAAGAUUGGAUCAACAUGUUUUCUGAGAAUACAACUUUGUCACAUGUCAUGAUUUUUGUCGAAAAGUUAACAAAGGAUGUGUUGGAUAACUUUGUUCAUCUUGUUAACAACCAUAUGACACAAUUGAAGUCGUUAAAAAUUGUUACAAAAACAGCCAAUCAUGAUCUAGAAGAGGAUAUUUUACAUGUCAAAGAGAGUGUUGAAAAGCUAGAGCUUAGUAUCAGUGAUCCUACUUAUUCAACUUCAAGCUUUCAACGACUUCUCAGCACUGCAUAAUUUUUCAUGUAUCUUUACGAAAGUUACUUUAAAUAUUGUAGGUUAGUACGUACAUUUACAUAAACAUAUUCCUGCAUUAUAAAGUCAAUCCGAUUUUGUCGGAUCCUAAAAA